AUGUCUGAAGUACAGAGUCGACCCUCCGCCUCGCGUGGGAGGGUAUCCGCCCGCGGUGGUCGCGGUGGUUUCAGCUCCAGAGGUGGCCGUGGUGGCAGCAGCAGAUCCGCAACCGCUGACAGCUCAGACGCCCCAUUCGAAGAAGGAGAGAUCGGUCAAAUGAAGAAGAAAUACUCGGAUACUCUGCCCAUGCUCAAGGAGCUAUUCCCUGACUGGAAGGACGAAGAUCUCGUCUUCGCAUUGGAGGACUCAAACGGCGAGCUCGAAGAAGCGAUCGAGCGCAUUACCGAAGGUAAUGUAUCGCAGUGGGGAGAAGUCAAGAAGAAGACCACAGACCGGGCUCGUCCCAAGGCCAAAGAGGUCCAGAGCACCCCGACCGAGACGACUGCCGCUUCCGCCCGUGGAGGUCGCGGUCGCGGCGGUCUCGAGGCCCGUGGUGGACGCGGCGCACGCGGAGACCGUGGUCGUGGUGGUCGCGGCGGCCGGGCAGGAGCUCAUACGAACGGGACUCGUACGGAAAAGCCGGUUGCUACACUGGCCAGUGCUGCAGAGCCCGCAGCGCCCGUCGCAACCGAAAACGCCCCUACAAUGGCAUGGGAAGAACCCGAAGUGGAACCGGUAACUGCAGAGACGGAACCCAAGAGCAGCGUGAUCCCCGAGGGCACAAAGAAGGGAUGGGCUAGUCUGUUCGCCAAGCCUGCACCUGCUCCGCCGCAAAAGAAGCCUCCAACCGCAGCGCCUGCCCAGCAGAAGCAGGCGCCUGAACCGGUGCCCGUGCCCGUUGCCGCCGCUGAGAAGACCCCCGUUGCGAAGUCCUCCCAAGUUGCUGCCGCCGCCGUUCCGACGACAAGCGUGCAGCCUCCCGUUGAUGACUUGACGGAGACAAACCUCGGGCAAAUUCCUGAUGCAUCCGCUCCCGCGCCGACUGCGACUGCAGCCAGCACAAUCGGUAGCGGCAUUGAUCCUGCUCUGGUCGCGUCGGGUGCUACUCCUUCCCGGGUGUCGUCAUCUGGCUACCCGCCCAGUGCAUUCAAACAGAGUGGUCGUGUGCCUGGCUUCCAGCGUCGCGUGAUGGAGCAGCAGCAGGCUGUGGUCAUGCCUGGCAACCAUGCCGUGGACCGUGCCGCGGUGCAGUUCGGUAGCAUGGGACUCAACGGUGAUGCGGUCGAUAUUGAUGACAACCGCGAACAGGCCGAGACCCGCGCCCAGCCUCCGCAGCACUCGCCCGUCGCUCCGCGCGCUGCUCUCCCUCCUUCGACCCAGGUACCUGGAGAGGCUGCAGGAGCUGCGCGUCCUGCCCCCGGCCUUCCUCCAGUGCCCCAGGCCUCUGGCGAGGCCGCUUUUGCCGACUUUUCUCGCUACUCCGAACCCCAGAAGCCCUUCGAUCCCUUCAGCCAGCAGGUGAGCCAGCCCCAGCCACAAAUUCAAGAACCCUUCGCCAACCAGGCCCCCGUUCAGCCGACUGCCACCACGGGCAGCGAGUAUUCUCCUUUCUAUGCUGCCGACCAGCAGCGUUUCCCUUACAACUACUAUGGCAGCUACGGCCAGUCCCAGGAUGCCAGCGUUGGCCCUCGUGCCGCUCCUGGAUUCGGUGCUUCCGGCGCCGAAGCUCAACCGGGAGUCCCUACCACGCAGCCUCCUAGUCGGUACGGCCCCGUGGAUGCGACCAACAGCGGUCACAACACCCCGAACCCGACCUUGCCUGCCACCACACAGACUCCGACUGCCCAGCACAUGCCGGGCCAGACUGGUGCCCACGCUUACGGCUACGGCUACCCUUACUACUCCAACCCUCACUAUGCUUCGUAUAUGAACCAGAUGACGCAGCAUCAGCAGCAGCAGUAUGGCCGGAGCCGUCCGAUGUAUGAUGAUGCUCGUCGGUAUGACGAACAACAGCAGCAACACUACAUGCAGCAACACAACACGCAGUACGGCUAUGGCAGCCAGUACGGUCCGUACGGCGGCAAGGGAGGUAUGUACGGCCAGCCGCAUGGCGGCUUCUCAUACGAUCAGUCGUCUUCCCCCGCGAAUGCCGGCAGCUUCAACCAGUCCGUGCCUGGUCGCGACUCGGUCUACGGCCGGACCGGCUCCGCGCAGCCGUCUGAUAGUCAGCCGUCUGCGUCGGGUGCCAAUGCAUUCGGUUCCGGCAUGUCUGAUGUCUUUGGACGCGCCCAGUCGGGUUUUGGUCAGAACCCGCCUAUCGCUCAGCAGCCCCCGGUGACUUCGGAGGAGACCAAGGGCUUUGAGGCUCCCAAGGCUGGUGGCCCUAGCCCCUCUCUUGCCCAGGCCAACCGCCCCGGCUCUGCAACCAACAGCGUCCCUGGACAGCCGCAAGCGCAGACCAGCCUGCCCCCGCUGCAGGGCCAGCAGGGCCAGCAAGCCUUCGGCAGCUAUCCCCACCUGAACCCCCAGUACGGCGGACUCGGCGGACUCGGCGCCCAGGGCGGUGCGGCGGCCACGCAGAGCCACCACCAGGCCUCUGGCUACGGCAACUAUGGCGCCGGAUUCGGGAACUACUACGGCGGCAACUCUGGCCGCGGUGGCUGGGGCGGCAACUACGGCCACUAA